UCUUAUUCUAAGAACUCAGGCACUCAGGUAUCCACCAUGGUGUUGGGUCCUGAACAGAAGAGGCCAGAUGAAGAUGCUUCUGGAGACCACGGGGAGUCUGCCAGUCUUGCGGCCAUCAACCCUGCCUACAGUAACUCCUCUCUUCCACAGUCCCCCGGGGGGCACCCAGAGGAGCCUUUCGCCACCUACUUUGAUGAGAAGAUCGCCAUUCCUGAGGAGGAGUACUCUUGUUUCAGCUUUCGUAAACUCUGGGCUUUCACGGGACCGGGAUUUCUUAUGAGCAUUGCCUACCUGGAUCCAGGAAACAUUGAAUCUGAUUUGCAGUCUGGAGCAGUGGCUGGAUUUAAGUUGCUCUGGGUUCUUCUGAUGGCCACCAUCGUGGGACUCCUGCUCCAGCGCCUUGCAGCUAGACUGGGCGUAGUCACUGGGCUGCACCUUGCUGAAGUGUGUCACCGUCAGUAUCCCAGGGUUCCACGAAUUAUCCUGUGGCUGAUGGUGGAGUUGGCUAUCGUUGGCUCAGAUAUGCAAGAAGUUAUUGGCUCUGCUAUUGCCAUCAAUCUCCUCUCUGUAGGAAGGGUCCCGCUGUGGGGUGGAGUUCUUAUCACCAUUGCAGAUACCUUUGUAUUUCUCUUUUUGGACAAAUAUGGCUUGCGGAAGCUAGAAGCAUUUUUUGGUUUUCUCAUCACUGUUAUGGCCCUCACGUUUGGAUACGAGUAUGUUACAGUGAAACCCAGCCAGACCCAAGUCCUCAAAGGCAUGUUCCUGCCAUCCUGUUCAGGCUGUCAUACCUCACAGAUCGAGCAGGCCGUGGGCAUCGUGGGUGCUGUUAUCAUGCCACACAACAUGUACCUGCAUUCUGCUUUAGUCAAGUCCAGACAGGUAGACCGAGCCAAUAAGGAGGAAGUUCGGGAAGCCAAUAAGUACUUUUUCAUUGAGUCCUGCAUUGCCCUUUUUGUUUCCUUUAUCAUCAACGUCUUUGUCGUCUCAGUCUUUGCUGAAGCAUUUUUUGAGAAAACCAACAAGCAGGUGGUUGAAGUCUGUAGAAAUAGCAGCAGUCCUCAUACUCAUCUUUUUCCUGACGAUAACUCAACAUUGGCUGUGGACAUCUACAAAGGGGGUGUUGUGCUGGGGUGUUACUUCGGGCCUGCUGCACUCUACAUCUGGGCAGUGGGGAUCCUGGCUGCAGGACAGAGCUCCACCAUGACAGGAACCUACUCUGGCCAGUUUGUCAUGGAGGGAUUCCUGAACCUAAAGUGGUCGCGCUUUGCCCGAGUGAUUCUGACCCGCUCUAUUGCCAUCGUCCCCACUCUGCUUGUUGCUGUUUUCCAAGAUGUAGAGCAUCUGACAGGGAUGAAUGACUUCCUGAAUGUUCUUCAGAGCUUACAACUUCCCUUUGCUCUCAUACCCAUCCUCACGUUUACGAGCUUGCGGCCAGUAAUGAGUGAAUUUGCCAAUGGAAUAGGCUGGAGGAUUGCAGGCGGUAUCUUGGUCCUUAUCGUCUGUUCCAUCAACAUGUACUUUGUCGUGGUUUAUGUCCAGGAACUAGGGCAUGUGGCACUGUAUGUGGUGGCUGCUGUGAUCAGCAUAGCUUAUCUGAGCUUUGUGUUUUACUUGGGUUGGCAAUGUUUGAUUGCACUGGGCAUGUCCUUCCUGGACUGUGGGCACACGUACCUACAUCUGGGAUUGACAGUUCAGCCUGAACUCUACCUUCUGAACACCGUGGAUGCUGACUCACUUGUGUCUAGAUGACUGACAGCCUGAGAGACUCUAUAAGACCCACUUUCUCUUAGUCCUUUUGUGCCAAGUGUCCUGUUAACGUAUCUGUGUUAGUUCAGUGGUGAGUUUUGUUCAACCAUUUUGAGCAAAAGGCAAAGAUUUUCUCAUGGGAUGGGUGUUAAAAGCUGACAGCUUUAAGUGUAGGUCAGAGACCCACAGAGUCCUGCAAUUGCCAGAGUUAAAUUUUUAGGCUAUGAUGGUCACACACCCCUAUGGGCUUGUGUCUCGACUUCUGGAAUUUUAAAAAUAUAUAUGUGUAUAUGUUUAUGUAAACCUGAACAUAUCAGUUUGGGUAGAGUUUUAAGGUUAUAUAAAAAUGAUAGAUAUUUUGUAUUUUUUUAACAAAUGUUGCUCAGAUAAAUCAUAUUUAUUUUGUCUGGAUCGCAAGUGACAAAGGAGAAGGAGCACUGUUCUUUUUCAGAGUGAACUGGUCAAGCUGACUUACUUUUAAAGUGAUACUUGACUGUAGCCAGUUAAAUUUCACUUUGAUUUUAAUUGACCAAACCUUGGUAACUACUGAUACUAGCACAUCAUUUCCAAAGAAAACACUUCUUCUAUUCGGCAUAUUUAAUCCUGGUUGUCGGUGUGCUUUGUGAUUGUUAUUUUCUUUGUUGCUUUUCUUGAGUUUUUUUCAGAGAUAUGAUGGUAUUUUCCAAACAGCUUAAUACCUCCAAACAGGAUCCAGAAAUCACACUUAAACCAAUGAUCAGUUUUCCCUGCUGCAUUGUAACAGCCCAUUCUAGCAUUUAAGUUGUAGGUAUAAAAAUUCUAACAUUUAACUUUGUAAGUCCUAACAGAAGAUAAUGGAGUUAUUAGUUUUCUUUCUGAUGUGUGUAUAGUCCCACCAUGUCUUUUCUUCCCACUUUUCCCAUUAACACUCCAAACACCAUUUCUAGGUCCAAAGUCUAUUUCCUGGAGUGGCUAAUAUUUCUAAUGCUGACUCUCCUAGGGAAUGCUAAGCGUU